UUCAGAAAUCUAAAAUUUAUUGUGUAAGGUAGAUCAAUCAGUUAAAGAGAGGGUGACAGUCCCCCUGUGUUCCUAAUUUUGUUGUGAUUAUUGGAACCCAAAAGGCCCACCUUUUUAGGGCGUUUCGCUUGAUCGGGACUUGUGGGAACUGUUUGACAGUCACACCCGCAGUCUCAUGCUGUAUGCUUUAUCUACAUUUAUUGUGAUACUAUAUAAUGGAUAAAAGGCAUUAAUGCAUUAUGGUAUUACAUGCUAUUUUUUAAAAUUAUACAUAAUAAUAUCUCAGUCACAUGCCUAAUUCUUCUGGCUGCAUUAUAGACAUUUAUGCUGAAUAUUACAUUAGUGUUGUCAUCUUUUACUGUUAAAACAUUUGGUAGGGUCUAGUUCACCAAUCCUACAAGACUUUGGGCCCUCCAGUUCUUCAAAUGUAUUUUUCUGACCUUGAAAUUUCACCAUCGGUGUAGUAUUUUGGUGGUAAGAGAAACACAAACAAACACUUGGAGAAAAUGUACAGAAAUAAUGUUCCAUUUUAUUAUUAAAACAAUUCAUACACAAACAACAGACAUUGAUCUGUUUCCAGGGUACACAAAAAAGUGCUGAACCUGUCUUGGGCACACUUAUUGUAAUUGUGACUGUGUCUCACAAAGUUAUUACUCAUCAGUGGAGUUAAAAAUGGGGUAAAAUGUAGGCCUGUUUUUGUUUGUUAAACAUUCCCAUGACCUGAUUCACAUUUUAAUGCUGAUGUGUGCUGUUGAUCCAGCCCUAGCCAUUUGCUUAUUAUUAGCCAAUUCUCAGUGGACAGAGGCCAGAAAGGGUAGAGGCCGGAGCAAGGGAGGACAGACACCAGUCCCAAAGUAAGACUGAACUUUAAAGGAGGACCAAAUGAGCUGGUAAGUUAUAUAAUGCCUGAGCCCUGGUAACUCUGUCAGAGCACAGCAGCUUCUCCUCUCUCUGAUGAUGGAGACCUUGGAGGGAACUGAACUCUGCUUUCCACAACUCCUCAACACCUCCUGCAGGAAGCCAAUGCGUCCUCUUUUUGAGGCCAUGCUGAUUUACUUUCUGCUGUUCUCCAUCUCUCUGCUCACUGCAGCACUUAACCUGCUGGUCAUCAUCUCUAUCUCCCACUUCAAGCAGCUCCACACUCCAACCAACCUCCUCCUCCUCUCCCUGGCUGUCUCAGAUUUCUUCGUGGGCCUCCUCAUGUUCUUUCAAAUUAUCCUCAUAGAUGGCUGCUGGUUCCUGGGUGAUUUCAUUUGUGUUCUGUAUUAUAUUUUGGACUUCAUUAUCACUUCUGUCUCAAUAGGUACCAUGGUGCUCAUAUCAGUUGACCGCUAUGUGGCUAUUUGUGACCCUCUGCACUACCCCACCAAAGUCACUGUGAGAGAAGCAACAAUCUGUAUUUGCCUUUGUUGGGUCUGCUCUGUUCUAUACAACAUUAUCAUAAUGAAGGAGAACUUCAAACACCCAGGCAGGUAUAAUUCCUGCACUGGAGAGUGUGUGGUUCUUGUUGAUUAUGUUGCAGGACUUGCAGAUCUUUUUUUGACCUUUAUUGGUCCUGUCACUGUCAUUGUAGUUCUGUAUGUGAGGGUGUUUGUGGUGGCUGUGUCUCAGGCUCGAGCCAUGAGGUCUCAUAUUGCAGCUGUCACUCUCCAGUUUUCAGUGAGUGUAACUGCGAAGAAAUCUGAGAUAAAAGCAGCCAGGACUCUCGGUGUUGUUAUUAUCGUGUUUCUAUUAUGCCUCUGCCCAUAUUUUUGUAUCACACUCACAGGCCAGAACACCAUGCUUAAUGCUUCAUCCGCUGCCUUUGUUAUAUGUCUGUUCUAUUUUAACUCUUGUCUAAAUCCUUUGAUCUAUGUUUUUUCCUAUCCAUGGUUUAGGAAAUCUGUUAAACUCAUUGCUACACUUCAGAUACUGAAGCCUGACUCAUGUGAGAUCAACAUGCUUUAAAGAGACACUGUCCAGUUUGUGCCUUUUCUGGAAGGUACGUGUCUUUGAACAUGUUAAUGUUGAGUCAUCCACUUCAAGGAAGUCAGGGCAAAUUAGUAAUUUACAGAUUUACAUAUAUGUUGAAAUUUAUUUACCUUUGUUAUGAUACUGUAAAAAAAAAACAAAACAAUAAAAAGGCAGAAAUAUUUUGUACAUAGUAUUACAUGAGUUUUAUACAACCUCAUUAUAUUACCUCACUCACACCUGUGAUUAUUAAUAUUAAAUAUUAAAUUAUCUACGUUGUUAUUAUCCUUGUCAGCAGCAAGAUUUGAAAAGUUCGGAAUACGUAUUACAAUGCAAACACGCUUUGUGAAGGCAUUUGGCUCAUAGUCUUGCAGACAUCCCAGUCAAACAUAUACAUUGGUGCCUCCUUAUGUUUGCUGUGUUCACAGAUUUGACAGUUUGCUUACUUCAUCGAGUCUCAUAAGCACGCAAUAUGGUUUCAUUUCUUUAUUUUUCUAGAGUCUAGUUUUUGUUCUCAUUUCAGUUACACGCAGAAUAUAAUUUCUAAAAGGGGUCUCUCAAUCAAAACAAAAGAUGUAAGAAGCAUGGUCAUGGUCUUCUUGCUGAACCGUUGCUGAUGAAAAUCCAUCUGAUGUGAAUCAAACUGAAAUGUUCACAUACAAAGUGAUGUUUUAAAGUUGUAUUCAUACUAUAUUGAUUUGCUUUCAGUGACAUUCUUCCUCACUUGGUGCCUCUCUCCUGGGAAUUAUAGUAGCAGGUGAACAAAAAAAACAGUACUGUUGGCUUGAAUUAGGAUACUUAUUGACUU